GACUGCGCCUGCGUUAAAAGCGUCUUGACGCGCUGUGUCCCUGGUAGCGGCUGCUGGGCAAGUCGCGCGGUAUUGCACCCUCACCUGCAGUAGGUGCUGGCGGCAACAGCCCUGGGCGGGGACCGGUAAGGGGCAUCUAAGAAGUUCCUGCAGCUACAGUAUCCGGGAAACCUCGGGACUCACCGAGUGACUGGAGACGGUCGGCUACCCAUCUGCCCAGAAAGCAAUUUUCCAGUCUGUCAACAGGCGCCCGUUUAAACACCCAGUACACCAAGCUCCUUCCAGAAGUAACCACGCAACCUUGCUCUGUUAAGCCUGUUUACUGAGAACCCACUGGAUGUCCAGCACUGUGCAUAGUUAUCUUCCAUUCUUGGAACAGCUGUACCAGGAUUGUUUCAGGUCAGUUCCAUGGCUCUUCUGCAUGAUUCAAACGAAACGUCUUAUUUGCUACCUCCAAACAAUGCGGACUGGGAGGAGAAAGGCAUCCCUGACUUUGUCUAUGAACAGAAGGAACUUAUAGUGGAAGGCAUUCAGUGGCCAAGGAAUGCACCCAGCACCCUGGACACACUGUCACUGUCACGCUUUGACUCUGCCCUCUGCUCUGCCUGGAGGCAGCGGGUGGAGCUAGGACUCUUUCGCUAUCGCCUAGGGGAGUUGCAAACUCAAACCCUUCCUGGUGCUGUGGGUUUUGUGGCUCAGCUAAAUGUGGAACGAGGUGUACAGAGGAGGCGUCCCCAGAACAUCAAGAGUGUGAGGCAGGCAUUUGACCCUGAACAGUUUAACUUCAAUAAGAUCCAGCCAGGAGAAGUUCUCUUCCGUCUCCAUCGGAAGCCCAAUGACUGUAGUGCUGCCCAGCAAGAGGACAUCCUGGUGAUGAUCAAUGUCAGUCCCCUGGAGUGGGGCCAUGUGCUGCUGGUUCCUGAGCCUACCCAGGGACUACCCCAGCGCCUGCUACCUGGUGUGCUACGGGCAGGGCUUGAGACUGUGUUGCUGAGCUCUCACCCAGGCUUCCGGGUGGGCUUCAACAGCCUGGGGGGCUUGGCCUCAGUGAACCAUCUCCACCUUCAUGGCUAUUACCUGGCCCACAGAUUGCCUGUGGAGGGGGCACCAAGUGAGCCUCUGGACCCAGGUGGCCAUUUGUAUCUGCUUCAGGCCCUCCCAGCUCCUGGUUUCCUCUUUUAUGCUAGUAGGCCAGGGCCUGACUUAGAAACCUUGAUUAGCAGGGUAUGUCGGGCCACUGACUAUCUCACUGACCAUGAAAUAGCACAUAAUUUGUUUGUGACCCGGGGAGCUCCACCUGGAAAGGCAUCACCAUCCUCAACCCUCACAGGGGUCCGAGUAAUUCUGUGGGCCCGAAAGUCCUGCUUUGGAAUAAAGGAAGGUGAGGCUUUCAAUGUUGCCCUCUGUGAACUGGCUGGCCACCUCCCUGUCAAAACAUCCCAGGACUUCAGUAGCCUGACGGAGGAGGCUGCCUUGGCCCUCAUUCAGGACUGUCUGCUGCCCCCAGCUCAGGCAGAUGAGGUACAGGAAGCACUGGUAGCCCUGAUGGCCCAGGAAGAAGUGUAAUUCUUCUGGAGGUAUUUAUUUGCUAAUUGACUGAAUCCAUUUCCAGAGGGCCAUUCAUCAUUGCGAUUUGAACAUUUAUUUUCAUGAUUGCUUUCCUACCUCUCUCAGGUGAAGGGGAAGAACAAAGAAAGAACUCGUAACUGGUCUCUGAAGGGGAGAAAUCUUGGAAUAAAUUGAAUCAGUGUUCUCUCCUGGA